GAUGUGAGCAGGACAGACCUUACCAGCGACCCGCGGACCGCCGCCAACACGCGCCCGCCGCCAGCUGUCCUGCCGCCGCGCCCGCCUCACUUCGCCUCGCACAUAUCUCGUACUACUACCUGCCCUCCUGAGUGGUGCAUGGAGAAGCCAUCUUAUCAACCCAUAAUAGCGAGAUAACUGGUCGCCAGGUGAACACAAGGCGAAUGGACUGACCACUAAGGUAAUCCGAACAGACUAGAUUCCUUCCUCGUGCUUGGAGGACUCUGCUGCCUUCCUGGUCUGCCCUCUGGGUUAUGCCUGAGUGACGCUCUGUAGCCCUGGUAUUGACAACGUCCCAUUAACUUAUCUAUAUGGGAUGUAAAAUGAAGUAGCAUAUACCUGUCCCCUUUCCUAUACCUGACAAGUAACACUAGAAAAGAAAUACUCAUUAGCAGCUUACGUAAAAACUUGUCUACAUCUGACUGAACAAUAUUCCCGUCACCACCACUACCAUAAGUUACCAAGGCCACGUCUCAAGAUGGACCCAGGCAAGAUCUUCCAAAUCAUCACUAACAGCACUCUCUUAGCAACUCGCCUGCUCCCAGCCAACCAUACGCCGCUCGUGGAGUUCUCCUCGUCUCGUUACUGCGCCGCUGUGCCUGAAGACAGACCGCCUGGGGGCACUGUCACCUCCGUCAUCGCCACCCACAGGCACGGAGCGGAGGUGAGGUACAGCAUCACGGGCGGCAACAAGGAUGGCCUCUUUACUAUUGACCAGCACUCGGGCACCAUCACGCUCGCCGCUACCUUGGACUACGAGGUCAACGACGAGCACGAGUUGGUAGUGACAGCCGAAGGUGGUAUGGACGCUGUUCACACAUACGUGUUCAUACGAGAGGACGAUCGUGAACGACGAACCCGCCCGUGUUCCUGCAGCCGGAGCCUCGCAUCACCCUGGUGGAGGAGGACGAUAGGGACCUUCCCGCGCCGGUGGCUAAGGCAUUGGACAGAGACCCGCCGCACGGAAGGGGCUUGUGGCGGCUUGCGGGUGGAGGUGCGGGACGGUCAGUGGUGGGAGGACGAGGAAGACAUCGGGCCAAACCUGAUUGACCUUUCCUCCCCCACCCAUCACCACCGGCAGGCGUCCUGGGGUCACCGGGAGCCUGCAGGAGACCCUCACACUGGAGUUCCCUCUGGGAACGGAGUAGUAACACCCAACAUAAAGACCACGAACCCCACAGAGCCACAACCAGAGAACAGAGGAACCCAGUCAGCCUCUCUGGGUAGAAAAGAACUGAAAACAGAGAAAAGCAGACGACAAAAACUCACUAAAGAGAAAGAAAACGCAAGAUUCAUCCGUAAAAAGAAGCCCUCCAUGUCUUCUAGCACCAGGCCGCGUAUUGUGUCCCCCUCAGAACACCUCAAGGGCGUCAGACUCCAAAGGGACGCGUCAGAAAUGGACUUCACCUUCGGGACUCUGGAGGAGGAUAUCGAAGAGGAGGAGGAGGAGGAAGAGGAGGAGGAGAGUUUGUGCGAGGAGAUGAUGCUUGACAGUGGUGGUGGUGACUCAGGGUGGAGGAUACACGUGGUGGAGACGGUGGUGACGGUGGUGGUGAAGGAUAUCAAUGACAACGCUCCGGUCUUCCCUGACACUACCAUGCUGGGACACGUGCAGGAGAACGGCGCCGCGGGCUCGGCGGUGGUGGUGGUGUCGGCAUGGGACGCAGACGACGCCACGGACGGCAGCAAUGCGCGGCUCACCUACGCCAUCGAGAAGAAUGUGGUGGACGAGGCCUCGGGCGCCGCCAUCUUCAGCGUGGAACCUGACACGGGCCUGGUGCGGACGGCGCGCUGUUGCCUUGACCGGGAGGCCACGCCCGAGUACCGCUUGCAGGUGGUGGCCGCCGACGGGGGAGGACUCAAGGCCAUGUCGGACCACUCACACACUGCUCUGUUCCUCUAUUCUCAUCCUCCCUUCACUACCUUGCAAGUUGGCACAGGCACGGUGGUAGUGCGCGUGAUGGAUGAGAAUGAUAACCCGCCUCGUCUCGCCCGCCGACACUGGGAGUUGGAGGUGGACGAGACGCCGCCCGGUGCCCCGUCGCCCAACGCCACCCUGCUGGAGCUGACCGCUGCAGACAAGGACGCACGCAACGUCUUUCUCUACAGGGUGGUGCCGGGGAGCGGUCCUGGGUGGGAGAACUUCGGGAUGCGCUCUGUGGGAUCAUCGGGGCAGCUAUACGCCCUCAGGAGCCUCGACUAUGAGGAGGAGAGUCACCGGCGAGGGUUCCGCUUCAUGGUGCAGGUGACGGACCAGGGUUCCAGCGGGUGGGAGGACCUCGCCCAUCUCGACUCCGCCUGGGUCACCAUCCGCCUCAGGGACGUGAACGACAACCCACCCGUGUUCUCCCGCCCGCACGCUCACGUCACGGUGCGGGAAGACACCAGUCCAGGCACCCUUCUGGCCGCAAUGCCUGCCCGCGACCCGGACAUGGGUGGGAUGGAAGGCGUGGACUACAGGGGGCGAUGCCGGCGAGGCGCUGGUGGUGGCCGUAGACCGCGGCCGCCCUCCGCUGUCCGCCACCGCCACACUCUCACCAUUACUGUCACCGACGUCAACGACUGCCCACCGCGCCUCCUGCCGCCCACCACUCUGCACGUGAUGGAGGGUGGCCCACCCACCCGCCUGGGCAUCCUCAGGGUGACAGACCCCGACGUGUGGGCGCUGGGGCACGGACCGCCUUUCACGCUGUCCCUAGCGCCCUCCAACCCCGCCCAUGUCUUCUCCCUCGUUAAGCUGAAGUUUGACCCACGCUUAGACAGCGGGCGCGGCGGGGCGGAGCUGUGGACGGCGGGCGCUGUGGAUCGGGAGCAGCACCGUCAGCUGAGUGUAGCGGUGCAUGUGUCUGACGCUCAGGGCCUGUCCGCCACCCAUUGCCUCACUGUGUUGGUGGACGACCUCAACGACAACCCCAUGAAGCCCGCAGCCAAGGCCGUCUACCUGUGGAAGACCCAGAGUGGCGGAUCCGAGGCGCCGCUGGGGCGAGUUUUCGUAGAUGACCCUGACGACUGGGACCUCGCGGACAAAGAGUUCCAGUGGGCUGGCGCUCCCCACCCACUGUUCACAUUGCACCCACGUGACGGCACCAUCUUCGCCUCCAGCCAGGUCCGGGAGGGCAGGUACGAGCUGCAGUUCUCCGUCAGUGACAGGGCGUGGCGGCAGAGAGAUGUGACGGCCAACGUGACAGUAUCGGUGCGUCUCCUGACCCCUGAGGCCCUCGCCCACGCCGCGCCCCUCGCCCUCGCGCCCACCACGCCCGCUGACUUAACGCGUGGUUGGUCCCCCGCGAAGGGCGGGGGAGGACUCGGUUCUCUCCUGAAGGCGGUGCUGAAGGUGCUAGAUGAGCCGGACAGUGACGUGGAGGUAGUGAGUGUGUACGGCGGUUGUGGUCACUCUGCUGCUUCGCCUGCCGCGUCCCCCGCCACCACGCCCCCUGCCUCGUCUCCUGCCUCGCCUCCUGCCUCUCCUCCUGCUUCUCCUCCUGCCAUACCCUCUACCUGCGUGUGGGUGAGCGUGAAGGACACCCAAGGAAGCUUCAUGAGCCCCGUGAAGCUUCAAGGUUUUCUCGCUCUCCACGCUAACCAGCUGGAGGCAGCCACUAACCUCACAGUGGUAGUGGACGACCUCUCCACCACCACGACAAGGCAGCACCAUCGCCACGAGUCCCACACGGGGCGUCACGACGACCUCAACCUCCACUCCGCAACCUCCCUCGCCUCCACCAGACUCCCGCUACAGGUGGUGGACACAAAUGCCACGGCCCUAGUCACGCCGCGUCUCACCCGCGUGCACUCCUGCCACGCCUACUCCCACGCCCGCGACCAGGAGGACUGCACGCCCACCUCCUGCCUCAACGGCGGCCGCUGCAUCAGGUCCCAGGAGAGCUAUAACAGGUGCGUGUGUCCCGGGGAGGCGUCGCCGCCGCAGUGCAAGAUGCUGAGUCGCACCUUCUGGGGUUCUGGGUGGGCGUGGCUGCCCCCGCUGCCGCCCUGCCUCCCUGUCACCCUGUCACUGCGCUUCCUUACCCGCCACGCCAACGCCCUUUUACUCUACACUGGCCCAUUAGCACCCACGCCCCGCCACGCCAGACCCUCACCUAUGUUGGCCCUGCAACUGAAGAAUGGGCGGCUGCAGCUGCUGCUGGAGGGAGAGGGCGGCUCCCUCAAGCUGCAGGUGAACAGCUCCCUGCAUGACGGCCACUGGCACACUCUGCACCUGUCCCUGGAUGCUCAGAGAGUAGUGGUGAUGAUGGACCUUUGCGGGCGAGGCUGGAAGGACGGAGCUCAGGACGAAGCCCACUGCCUGGCGAGAGCACGCUGGCCCACGUCUAGGGACGGCGGCGCCUGGCUGGGCUCCGUUCCCAUGCAAAUGGGCGGCCUGGCUCAUCCACCGCCCCGCCCCGAGGACCACGGCUGGCGGGAGGCGCCCGUCCAUCACCACCUGACGGGCUGCCUUUCCCACCUCACCAUCAACGCGCAGGCGGUGGACCUAGGUGAGCCAGUGUACAGCCACGCCAGCAUAGGUGGCUGCCGGCCGCAGAGCAUAGCCUGCUCCAACCAUCACGGCGGGUGUGGCCUCCGGGGGCGUUGUGUGGGCGGUCUCAGGCACCCAAAAUGUGAAUGUGACCCAGGGUGGACGGGGCCUGGAUGCGCGGCGCCCACCGUGCCUGCGCGCCUAGGGGCAACCUCCUACAUGAAGGUGGCACUGUCCUUCACGCCAGGGGAGCGUGCGGUGCGGAUGCAGGUUCGGGUGAGGCUGCGGGGGUCUCGAAGCGGUCUGCUGUUGCAGCUGGCCGCACACCACCGCGCCGCUUCGCUCACCCUCCACUUGCAGGCGAGCGUGGCGUGCGUCUCCGUGUCGGGGGCGGGGUGGGCUGCCCAGAGUGCCUGCGUGGAGCGGCAUCCCUUGGGGGACGGCGCCUGGCACACAGUGGCGGCGGAGCGGCACGGCCACAACCUGCUGGUGAGUGUGGACGACGGCGACGGCUGGCGGCGCAACGAGACCCUGGCGUCCCUGGCAGCCGCUACUCCACUGGGCCCGCCGCCGCCUCUCGUCGUGGACAAACAUGACGGCGUGACGGUGGGCGGCCUGCCGGAGUUCGUGGGCGUGGAUCUCGUGACGGUACAUGACGACCUGCGAGACACCUGUCUGGACGACCUGAGAGUGUCGGGUCAUCCCCUGCCGCUGUCUCCCGCCAUCAACGGCACCAGCUGGGGCCAGGUGACCACCCUAGAGCAGCUGGUCCAGGGCUGCCAUCCCGCGGCAGACCCUUGCAUCAACACCACCUGCAAGCCGCCGCUCUCCUGUCACGCGGCUUGGGAUCAGCCCUCCUGCAGCUGUGGUCCGGGUCGGCGGCUGGUGGGCGGGGUUUGCGAAGACGUGGACGAGUGUCUGUGGCGGCCUUGCCUUCAUGGUGGCUCCUGCCUCAAUCAGCGACCGGGCUUCUUGUGCGUGUGUGGCCCAGACUACCUGGGCGACCACUGCCAAUGGACCAAGUUAGCCCCGGAGAGCCACCCUCUAGCAGCCCCCGCAGCUAUUGCGGCCAUCACAGUCUCCAUUCUCGUCCUGGCUCUCGCCUUGCCAGUCCACCAUCCUUCACUCAACGAAUCCGCAGCGGUGCUGGGUGUGGCAGUGGCGCGGGCUGCUCUGGGGCGCCGCCGCGUACGAAUAGUUCGAGGCAUGCAGUCAGGAGUGGAAAAAGGCACUGUGGCUGGCUGCGCAGGAAGGACAGAGGCUGAGGAAGGCACCGACAACACAAUGCUGGAGCUGCUGAGGUUGAAAGUGUCGGGGGAUUCCCCUGAACACAGAGGUGGAGCCUCAGUGGUGGCGAGCAUCGAGGGGGGUGGCAGGGGCGGCGGCAGUAGUGGUGGGGGCAUCAUCCACGUGGUGACGACAAUGGCACAGCAGAUCUCCUCCCCGCCAAGCCCAGCGAUGCUCCCGUCACAGGGCAGCGUGAAGGCACACACCUGCGAGGGGGACAAGUCCUCGACGCUGCCAGACUGACCUCAUGACCGCCUCCCUCUCCCCACCCCGUCCCAAGCACUUCCCGUCCGUCACACAGAGGAGGAAGGCGGCCAGGCGUCCCUCUCGCCCUCCUACACCUCUGAGCUCUAGCCGCCCCAGCGAGGCAGCAAACACUUGACUCGCAUUAAUGAACGGGAUGGGACCAGCUGACCACGUAAAUUUACCAGUGAAGGAGGAGACAGAUGAGCAGCAAGAUGUCCUAGUUGUGUGUGGGAGGAGCGAACAUCAAACCAGACUACACAGCACAGGGAGCGUGGCGGAACGGAAAAG